AUGACAUCCCAAAUCCCAUCUCCAAAACCCCAUCAAGUACUCAUCCGCAUCAAAGCAGCCGGCUUCUGCCACACAGACCUUUUGGCGCUGAACGGCGAGUUCGGCACGAAACUCCCGUUUAUCGGGUCCCAUGAGCCGGCAGGGGUUGUUGUGGAUGUUGGAGCUGAUGUGAGGAGGUUUGAGAAGGGGGAUCGUGUGGGGUGUAUUAAUUUUGAUAGUGUUUGCGGCAAAUGCCCAGACUGCAAAGCAGGUCUGCCCAUAUAUUGCGACGCACCGUUAAUGAAAGGUAUAACGACUAAUGGCGCUUGGGCGAAGUAUAUGGUUGCCGACGCCCGUUUCAUGAUCAAACUCCCCGACGACAUGGACUUCAAAACCGCUGCUCCGCUGAUGUGCGCGGGUAUCAGUAUCUACGGGGGUAUUGUACGUGCCAAGGUACCCAAGGGCGGCUCAAUUGGUAUCGUGGGAAUCGGUGGAUUAGGACAUAUCGGGACGCAGGUUGCUAAGUGCAUGGGCUACAAAGUCGCAGCAAUUGACAUUAAACAACCAGCCCUCAACUGCGUAGCAUCCUACGCUCACAAACCCGACGCUCUAAUCCUCUCCAGCGAUCCAGUCGAAACCUCACUCUCCAAAAUAAACACCAUAACCAGCAAUGAAUACGGCUACGAAGGCCUCGACGCCACAGUCCUAGCAACAGACCACUCGGCCGCCUUUGAAGCUGCCGCAGCACUUACCCGCAAACACGGGACGAUGGUGCUGCUAGGACAGCCUGAGAAAGGGAUUACAAUGUCGUAUCUCACUACGAUAUACAAGGAUAUCAAGUUGGUUGGGUCGUUGGUUGCGGAUACGCAGCAGGCGGAGGAACUGGUGAGCUUGGUACAUGAGAAUGGGUUGCAUGUGGAUGUUAAAGAGUGGAAGAUGGAGGAAGCAGAGGAGAUGAGACAGGCGUAUUUGAAUGGUACGACAAGUGGGAAGAAUGUUAUUGUUAUUGACUAG